AUGGAGAUGCGGCCAGGCUGCGCCGUCCUGGAGGCCGCAGAUCCGCAGAGCCGGGCUCAGCCUCCCACAUGUCCGCUCAGCCCUGGGGUGGGGGGAGGCCGGGCCGCUGCUGACACCUCGCAGCUGAGGCCUGCGCCCUCUAUGUCGGUCUGCGAGUGCUCCGGAGCUUCAGCUCUGAUCGUCCAACUGGACACACAGCCGGACACAGCGGGACACAGCCGGGACCGGCUCCGGGGCCGCCGAGGGGCGGGGACGGCGGACGUCAUCGUGACGCUCCAGUCAGCGGAGUCCACCGCGGGGCUGAGGGCGCGUCGCUUCUGUCCCCCUCCGUGCCCGCGGAAUGGACGGUUCCGAGGGGCGUGGCCGGGGCCUGCCGGGGGCGUGGCCGGGGCCUGCCGGGGGCGUGUCGCCGUGCCCGGCUGGGCUUUCAGCUUUGCUGUCCUGUCCCCCCAGGUCAUCGUGGAGAAGGCUCCCAAAGCCCGCGUGCCUGAUCUGGACAAGAGGAAGUACCUGGUGCCCUCCGACCUCACCGUCGGCCAGUUCUACUUCUUGAUCCGGAAGAGGAUCCACCUGCGCCCGGAGGACGCCUUAUUUUUCUUUGUCAACAACACGAUCCCCCCGACCAGCGCCACCAUGGGCCAGCUGUAUGAGGACAACCAUGAGGAGGACUACUUCCUGUACGUAGCCUACAGCGACGAGAGCGUCUAUGGGAACUGAUGGUGGACGUCCAGCCAGCAGGCACCUGGACGCGGGGUGGGCGGGGCAGGCGGGAGAGGACCCGCGGAGGAGGCCAGCGGAGGACACGACGCCAUUACACUGCGCGCACACCCAGCCUGGUUUUCCCGUGCUUCUAUGAUUCCUUUUCUUCUUCUUUUGCUGCCUCCUCAGCAGCAUGUGCGGAUGGAGCGAUGGGCUGCUGUUCACAGAGGUCGGGGUGAUGGCUGAGAAUCCGUGUCUGUCUGUCUGUGUGUGUGUGUGUGUCUGUGCGUGUAUGUGUCUGUCUGUCUGUGUGUGUGUGCUUGCGUGUG